GGUAAACCUAUUCAUUUUCAGGUGAGCCAGGAGCCCCUCUAGAUCCAGAUGUUUUGGUGCUCUUUGCCACUCUGACACUCUUGUUUUUGUCUCAUUCAAACAAAGGGACUCUCAUCCCAGCCUUCAUUCAUUCUAUACAAAUCGGAAGGUUUAUGAUAGUUACUAUUAAGGAGAUUAUUUGGGUUCCCUAAUCUCCAAUCUGAGGAUUAACCGAGGCUAUUGGUGUGUCCAGAUUACAGGCCCCUCUGUUUACACCCGCAGGAUCAAGAUUAUUGUUUUUGUGCCACCAAGUUUCUUUUCAACGCAUCUUCCACCCAAAGUUUACUGUAACUUUUAAAGGUAGAUGUGUUAAGUGGUGGUCAUCUUUCUUUGGUUGAGUGAAGUCCAGAGCACCGUCAUGGAGGAGUCCUCGGUGCCCCCCAUUGACCCAGAUUUCGAGCCGCAGAGCAGACCCCGCUCCUGCACUUGGCCGCUGCCGAGGCCCGACAUCUCGGCUGUCAAACCGGAGGGGGCGGACGGCUCCGAGUCCGCCGCCGGGACCCCGCCCGCCGACGAGGACAAGCCCGAGCCGCAGCAAAUCACCUCCGAGCCCGAGAAGGCCGCGGCGGGGGCCGAGGGAGGGGUCGUGGCCGGCGGGGGCGGAGCCGGAGCGACGCCCCGUAAAGGGUCAUCCCGGCGCAACGCGUGGGGGAACCAGAGCUACGCAGACCUGAUCAGCCAGGCCAUCGAUAACUCACCGGAGAAGAGGCUGACCCUGGCACAGAUCUAUGAGUGGAUGGUGAAGACAGUGCCUUACUUCAGAGACAAAGGAGACAGCAACAGCUCAGCGGGCUGGAAGAAUUCAAUUCGCCACAAUUUAUCACUCCACAACAAGUUCUUGAGGGUACACAAUGAAUCGACAGGCAAGAGCUCCUGGUGGAUGCUCAACCCAGAGGGAGGGAAGACGGGGAAGGCUCCUCGCCGCCGGGCCGCCUCCAUGGACAACAGCAGCAAACUGCUGAAGAGCCGCAUGAGGGCCAAGCAGACUAAGAAGCAAGCGGGAGCAGCCGGCCUCGGGAGCGCCGGAGGGUCGCUGCAGGGCGACGGCAGCACGGGUUCAGGCGGCGCAGACAGCCCUAAUUCGUCCCAGCAGUUCCCCAAAUGGGGGGUCAACAACAGCAGCCCGUCGUCCCGCGGCAGCCUGGAUGACGCCGACAUGUGGACCACCUUCCGCCCACGUACAAGCUCCAACGCCAGCACCCUGAGUGGACGUCUGUCCCCCAUCGCUCCUGGACAGGAGGACGAUGACAACCUGCCCGAGGACAGCCUGCUGGGAAGAUACACCGCCAGCAGCUUGACCCCCACCCUCACCGAGACCCUGAUGGAGGAGCUGGAUCUGAUCGACGGCCUCACGUUGAUGACAGGGCAGCAGGGAGGGGCCAGUCCCAGUACAGCCCCACCAGCACCUCCUACUCCGUUGCCCUCCGCCUCCACCCUGCUGCCUCGUGGCUCCAGCUUCUCCUCCUUCCAUAACCCUAACCAGACUCACACCGGGACCCAGGCCUCCGUCUCUCAGUGCGGACCGAGCAGCAAAGAGCCGUCGACCUUCAGCAACUCCCUCUUCAACCCCAUGUCCAGCUCUGGCUCUCGUGGGGGCGGCCACUACACCACCCACGUGCCCUCCAGCCUGGAGGCGCUGCUCACCUCCGACUCCCCUCCUCCCAGUGAUGUCAUGAUGACCCAGGUGGAUCCCCACAUGCCCAGUCCUGGUGGGGUGGGCAUGAUGGGUCUGGGCUCAUCCGUGGUGGGUGUGAGGUCCAAACCCAACCAGCUGCUGUUGGGUAAAGGGCUGGAGCCCAACACUGUGGCCCCCAUGGCGCUGCAGGCUCAGAUGCAGCAGCGUCACCUUCACCACCAUCACCACCAGCAGCAGCAGCAGCAGCAGCAGCAACAACAGCAACAACAGCAACAGCAGCAACAACAACAACAACCACCACAACAACAACACCAGCACCACUCUCAGAUGGGGUUGGGGAUGAUCCUCUCAGGUAUGUCUCAGGACCCGUCACAGCUCUCUGCCCUCAAAGCCCAGCAUGCAGCGGUGCCAGCGGUGGGCUCUCAUCACGGAGGGCCCAUCGGCUCAGCCAAUCCCGGCAUGAGCCUGCUGGGGAUGAGUCAGUUCGGAGCGCCGUCCUGCUUCCCGACUGGCCAGGACAGACUGCCCACAGACUUGGACAUUGACAUGUUCACCGAAAACCUGGAUUGCGACGUGGACUACAUCAUCAACAGUGACCUCAUGGACGGAGAUAGCCUCGACUUCAACUUUGACCCCAUACUGCCUGGAGGCCAAGGCUGCGCUGGCCCGGCCACCACACAGGGCUCCGCUCAAAACUGGGUGCCGAGCUAAUUCCUAAGCUGACCGCACUGAGUCAGCCAGGAACUGAUCUCCAAUCAGGAUAACCUCAUAAGACAACAAAACGACCGGUGCGUUCCUCCUCCCUGCUGGCUAUAAUACAACGCUUCUCUCCGACUUUUAAGACUAGACCUCAGCCAUGUCAUGUGCCAAGACAUGCGGAGGACAGGGAGGAGCUCCAGGCUACUAUGCACAAUAUUUCUCCCAUUUUUAGAAAACAUAACACUUGCAACAAUUAGGCUGCUAGACUUUUUUUCCCCUUCUUCUAAUCCGAACUGAUGAUUUUUAAAAGACGUGUGACAUUUUAAGAGUGAAAAGACAAAUCAUUAACUCCCCUCUGCUGGGAGUUUGUAUUUCAGUUAUGUUACACCAGAAUAGCUUCAGGUUGGAAACGGUACGCGAUGGCUUUGGUAUUGUGGACUCGAUGGACUGUGCGUUUUUGGAGAAAUGGCCAGUUUUCCAUUGACACUAGCGUGAACUGCCAGAACCAAACGCUGUUUGAGGUGCAGUUACUCAGCUGCACCGCGGAGAAGCUUCAUCACAGGCGUCGGAGGGUGAACAGGUGGAAGAUAAAAGGCUGCACGACUGGAGGUAUAAAAUGCUUGAUUCAACAUUUGCUACACAUCUCGCACAAUUGUGGACUACAAAUAUAUGUACGAUCUAAAUUUCUCACUUCUGAGAAAGAAAACAUAAUGCUUUUUUUUUUUUCUCCAAUGAAAUUUGGUGAUUCAGCAGUUGAGGGUCUGCUUUUUCAGUUUGGAAUUUUUGACUUCAAUCCAGUGUGUAAUGGUAGAUGUCAGUUAGAGGGUGUGUGUUUUUUAUUUUUUAAAUCCCUGAUGUGCAGUUAAACUAACAAAAUGAAGAAAUGUGAUUUGUGAAUUUCAACACGGGGCAUUCAAGGGUAGAUUUAUUUGCCAACAAGUGAUUGGUUGGCCAAGUAUUAUAUUGUUUUAGACAGCAGUACGCAUCCACUGUCAAAUGGUCUACCUGAUAAUUUCUUCUUCCUUUUUGUUUUUCAUUGAGCCUGUGCAUUUUCAAAGCGCUUAGGUUUCCUGCGACACAGGGACCCCAAACCUAAGAGACACAUUAGGUUAUACCAUUUCAUUAAAAGGGUUUAAAUCCCGAAAAAAAUUAUAAUUAAAAAAUCAUGUAAAGUACACGUUGCACAUGUACACGAUGUCACGCUAUGCAGAUUUAUCAGGAGAACUAAAUGAAAUCUUGAAGGAAAUUUGAAAAAUCACUUCUUGAAGGGUUUUGUUAUUUAACAUUUUCCUGAUAUUUUGUCGGGGGGUUGAGGGGGGACGUGGGUGCUUCAUGUCAAACUAUUCGCUCACACUUUAAAUAUUCACUUCAAGAAAUGAAUUCUCUGUGUGAGAAGUACAAAAGAAGAAUAUAUUUGAUUAUAGUUUUAAUAUACAAUUUAGAUGGAAGUAAUAAAUGAGAUAUUAAUGCAUAUGAAUAUAUUACUAAUGACAAGUGUUUUUUUACAUUGGAGGACGCAUUCUCAGAUCAUUUUUAACGGUAAUUUUCUAUACUUGUAUUUUUGUAAAGGAUGAGAUGCAUGUAGAUUUUCUUUUUUACGUAACCAAAGGAACACUAAUAUUUGCAUUUGCAUGGCAUUUAGGGAGUGCUUGGGCCUGACACAGCAUCUCAGUGUACAUAAGCUUUGCAAAAGAUGCCUGUAAAGUGAAAUCUGACUUGGAGCGUCGAGUGAGGCAUCAAUACUUGACCAUUUUAACUAAAAUUCCCAAUGACCUGCUUCAUUGUUUUCUGCAUUAAUUGUGAAUCCAAGUAAGAAAAAAAGUUUUUAAUUCUGCGCUGAAACGUGGCAUGGUAAAAAGUAAAACCUUUAUCGUCCCACUUUUCAACAUGCCGUCGCAUUCUCAUCUCAAAACGAGACUAAUACAACCGUUACCUCUCAGGGUCGCUCAGAGGAAAAACAACAGGAAAACAACUCUGCACAGAUGUAACCGGAUCGUGUGAAAAUAGCAAAACAAAUAUUUAUUCUACACAUUUUCUCUGUUACAACAGACUGGAAACCGACGCACCACGUCUGUGCGUUUUGUUUUCCUGGAGGAGUUUCUGUCUUAAAAAAAAAAGAGUUGGCCCUCAAAUUUGACUUCCCUUUUUUAGAGAAAUGUAUUUUAGCUCUCCAGCCGUGUAUAUCAGUUCUAUACUUUUCCUUGGGUUUCAUUUUGACUGCCAAUAUUUAAAACACUAUAGCAUGACUUUACUCUGUAGCGAGAUGGACUUUAUUCUGUCAUCUUCCCCCUUAAAUUUUUAUGUUUUGUGUUUGUAUUGAAUUACUUUUGUUCAUAACUGUCAACGUUUUUGUGAUCAGAAAUAACAUCCCAUCAGUUUCAUUCUUUCAUUAUUUCACUGUAGCUACGUGGAUAUGGUAGUCUCUGAUUUUUAUAAAGCACUCUUUUUUUUUUUUUUUUUUUGUACUUUUCUAAUGGUGCUAGAUGUCAUUUCUGACAUAUCCUGCAGUAUGGCAUGAUGCCAUGGGUGCAUAUCAGGGCCUUUUGAAUUUUCUGUAUCCAGCACAAGGAUCUCGAUAUUGUGUUAUGUUAGAAGUUAGCACACGAUCAACAGUGUUUCCCCAUCUUUGUUUUUUUGUUUAUAUAUAUAUCUAUAUAUAUAUAUAUAUAUAUAUAUAUAGAUAUAUAUAUAUGACCCAUAACCCCUCUGAACUGGUCAUUAAAUAGAUCUGGAAACAGAAGACCAGCUUCUUCAAACUGCAUGAUUUUAUUGUUAUUUUAAAUCAUAACAUUUAAUUAUUUUAGAAAGUUGUAUUUGCAACAACUCCCCCUGUUUCUCUGAACUAAUGUCCAGGUGUUGGACAUGUUAUUAACAUUUUAAAAAGGACAGACUGCAGCAUGUAAAAGGAGCAGCAGUGGGUUGGAUGUCUCUAGUUUACUGUUGGAUGUCUCUAGUUUACUGGGCAGGUGUGGUGUAAUUACUUCCCUUGUAUUUCCCCCUCAAUGUAAUAAUUAUCUUCAUAUUAUGUUCUUCAGUUUUCUUUAAGUAGCAGUUAGUCCAUGUAUGUUUGUUUUGAAAUUUAAAAAUUUGCCCCAUUUGAUACAGUAUUUUAGUAAUCGGCAAGGGUUUUCUUCCAUAGAGGGUUGGGUGGACAGGGAAUGAUGAGUUGUGCAUAAGCCAAUUAUGUUUAUGAUUUUUGAUUAAUGUUGAUAGUUUUUAAGACACCCCCCCCUCCCAAAUCAGUCUCUUUCUUUCAAAUUGUAAAGUCAGCCAGAGAUGACAAACAGUUCUGAACAGCAGAAAUAAAUUCAAUAAAAACUGUUUAACCCACUUUGUCUGAGUCUUUGGUGCAAAGUUACUGAAUUCUGUUUUAUUUUGAUGUUACUGUGUUCAGUUCUGCAGGUCUGCCACUAGAGGCCGCUGAUGUCCAGUAUUACAACUACUGUCACUGCCUGGUAGCAGAUAAAUGUAC